CGACGGCACUGUCAUGGCGGCGUACGGCGGCAGCUUCGAGAGUGCGAGCAGCAUUGAAGAAAGAAAGGAAAGCAAGAGACAAGCUCGUCAAGAGGCUUUAGAAAAGGCCAAGCAUCAAUAUGAAAAAGAGGAAAAGCGAAAGGAACUUAAAAGACUCAGAGGAGAGGACACUUGGAUGCUUCCUGAAGUUAACGAACGGCUGCAGGAAAUAGAAGAAGAAUCAUCUUUAAAGAAGAAGAAAAAAGAGAAAAAAUCAAAAAAGAAAAAGGAGAAGAAAGAAAAAAACAAGAAAAACAAGAAGGAAAAGAAGCCUAAUGAACCUGGGGAUGGAUCUACUGACUGCUCAGAGGACUCUGGUGAUGAGUGGGUUGAAGCCCAGUCUUCUGCUAAAGCUUGGAAUGUUCCGGAUGAGUCCAAACCAGAGAACAACACUAAUACAUUACAGAAUAUACAGAGAGAUGAAUGGAUGACAUUUGAUUUUCUUGCCAUGAAAACUACGUCUACGGCUGAGAGAAGAGCGGAGAAAGACAAGCAAAAGGAGCAGGAGAGGGCCAAGGCUGAGGCAAUUGAGCAGGCUGGCCUCCACAAAUUGGAACUAAAUCCCUACUGGAAGGAUGGAGGAACUGGUCUACCCCCAAAGGAGAAGACUGGCACAGUGGUCCAAAAAGCUUCAGUCGCCAAUGAUGGUGGUCUGAGUUGGCUAAGAAAGAGCUACCAGAGGAUGAAGGAGCAAGCGGAAAGGGAGCAACGCAGCCUCAGUGAUGUGGUGUCUGAGCGAUAUGGGUCAAUGGAGGAAUUUCAGCAGAGACUUGCCGAAGCUGAAAAAGCUGUUUAUGGAGACAGAAGAGGAGAAGAGGGUUCAAGGCGAGGUGGAUGGAGAAGAGAGGAAGAGGACAAACGUCGUGGUUCAGACAGAGAGCGGUGGAGGAGAUCAGACUCUUCUCCUGGGCGUUCAGACCGGUACAGGGACAGAGAGAGAUCCAGGCUCAGUGAACAAGACAAUGAUGGGUACAGGGAUAGAGAGAGAACUAGGGAUAGGGAGAGGGAUAGGGAGAGGGAUAGGGAGAGGGAUAGGGAUAGGGAUAGAGAUAGGGAUAGAGGGGCAGAUAGAGGAAGGGAUGGAAAUAAUGGAAAUAGAGACAGAAAUGGGGAUAGGCAUAGAGAGAGAGAAGGGUCUAAUUCUGCAGCUUCUGGCAAAGACUGGAGCCAACCCCUUUCUUUGGGAUCGCUAAAAGGCAGAUUCCUCAAACCCUCAGAUGAAGAUGACAUGACUAGCGACUAUCAGCGUCCUCCAGCCAAGUCAUCUUCCAUUUUCCUCAAACCCAGCUCUGAUUAUGAAGACUCCCACACGUCCACAGUUCCUGCAUGGAAUAAGGCUGGCAGCUCUGGGACACAUCGUCAGGAAAAGCAUCUUGAGAAAGAAGAGAGUCCUUUAAAAACAACUACGCCUGAAAACACUUCAACUGUGGAGAAAGAUGCUGCAAUAUCAACCGGCAAAAGUGAGAGUGAGUCAGAAGAAGAAGAGGAGGUUCCAUUGCUGUCUGAGGAGGAGCUGAACAAGCUUGGAGCAAAGCUGGUGAAGGCAGAGCUUAUGGGAAACACAGUUAUGAUUGAGAAGUUGAAAUCCCAAUUGGAUUCUGCUCGGCAAGCCAGAGAGAGCCAUGCAGCCCGAAAGAAGUUACAACAAGAGACAGCGAAAACAAACAAGACCCAGUCAAGUCCAAACCAGGAAGUUGUACUAUUUCGAACUGAUCAAUCAGGUCGAGCCUGGCCUGUUAAUGCUCCUUCUGGACCUGUGGAGCCCCACGGGGGACGCCGGAAAAAGAAAGCUAUUGAGACGCAUGUUGAAGGUGAGCGUGUGAGGUAUUUCCAGGAUGAUGACAACAUGGGUCUGCAGGAGUUGGUCCGCAGAGAGAAGAUGAGCACUGCUCAAGACCAGAAUGCACUCUACUCCCGAAUGGCUUCUAAGAUGAUGGGGAAGACAGACGGAGAUAACUAUACACUGGAUGACAUGUUUGUGUCUAGUGCAGCACAGCGGGAGGGAGGGGAGGGCAGAGACGAGGAGAGGAUGAGGAACCGCGCCAUUGGGGAAACUAGACGACUAACUGCCUCCAUGGAGAAAUGCAGACACUGUUUCAACAACCCAGAGCUCCCAAAGCACCUCAUAGUGGCUCUAGGGAGCAAGGCAUAUUUGAGUUUGCCUGCCGGAGUGUCCAUGACCGACGGGCACUGCCUCAUCUGUCCACUUCAGCAUCACUGUUGUGCCACUGGAUUAGAUGAGGAUGUCUGGGCCGAGAUGCAGCUUUUCCGACGUGCUUUGGUGCGAAUGUUUGAGUCCCAAGAUUUGGACUGUGUUUUCAUGGAGACGCACAUGAACCCAAGGAAAAGGUUCCACAUGGUUAUGGAGUGUAUCCCCCUUCCGAAAGAACUUGGUGACAUGGCACCUAUAUAUUUCAAGAAAGCCAUUAUGGAAUGCGAUGAGGAAUGGGCCAUGAACAAGAAAGUGGUGGACCUCUCUUCAAAAGACAUCCGCCAAGCUGUACCUCGAGGACUGCCCUAUUUUGCUGUAGACUUUGGAAUGCAGGGAGGGUUUGCUCAUGUCAUCGAAAAUGAGCAGAAAUUCCCCCACUACUUUGGCAAGGAAGUGGUUGGUGGUAUGAUGGACUUGGAGCCUCGACGAUGGAGAAAACUGAUAAAAGAGAAUUUUGAUGAUCAGCGGAAAAAAGUUCUUCAGUUUGCUCAGUGGUGGAAACCAUAUGACUGCACCAAAUCUGACAGCUAGAAUUUUACUAAAGGUGCACUGUGGAACAUUUAGGGUCUGCCAUCUGCUUGUCUUCAUGGGGAUGUUAUUGCUGUGUGUGUCUCUUUCUAAAUAACUGCAAAAUAAAUGUGUUUAAUGUGAUACUGUGGAAUAUUCCAGGCAAAGCAUUAACAUAUCCAUGGAGAUGAGCAGUUGGCACUAAAAUUACAUAAUGCACGUUUUUAAAUGCAGUCCACAUUAAAGUGUUAUUGUCAUGUACAUAAAUGUGAAAAUUAUUCCAAUAAAUUCACAAUUUUCUUUAUAUAUUUA